AAGGGCAAGAAGGGUGUCAAGAAAGUGAUAUCAUGAUACCUUUUCUUUCCCCCAAAUUAAUUUCAGCCUAAAAAUACUAAUAAUAUUAUAAAAAAAACCUAUUUUCCACCCCAAAUUUACAUUAAUUUUCCGUAAAUUUUAUAUUUUUCUGAAUCAACUUUAAAAGCCCAUAUCAAAUAUCAAUUUUGUUCAUCAUGAUUUUCACUGAUCGGUAACCUUUUUUUACAUCCAAGAUUUUAACCUUUUUGUUUCUUGAUGGAACCUCGUGUUGGUAAUAAAUUCAGACUUGGCCGCAAGAUCGGUAGCGGCUCUUUUGGAGAGAUCUAUCUGGGUACUAAUAUUCAGACUAAUGAAGAAGUUGCUAUUAAGCUGGAAAACGUCAAGACAAAGCAUCCUCAAUUGCUAUACGAAUCGAAGUUGUACAAGAUACUUCAGGGAGGAACUGGUAUCCCAAAUGUGAGAUGGUACGGUGUUGAAGGUGACUACAAUGUUCUAGUGCUGGAUUUAUUGGGGCCUAGUCUUGAGGAUUUGUUUAAUUUCUGCAGUAGAAAGCUUUCAUUGAAGACUGUUCUUAUGCUUGCUGAUCAAAUGAUCAAUCGUGUUGAGUUUGUUCAUUGUAAAUCAUUUUUACAUCGGGAUAUCAAGCCAGAUAACUUCCUUAUGGGUUUAGGGAGACGUGCCAAUCAGGUUUAUGCCAUCGACUUUGGGCUAGCUAAGAAAUAUAGGGACUCGACAACCCAUCAGCACAUCCCUUACAGAGAGAACAAGAAUCUGACGGGGACAGCUAGAUAUGCAAGCAUGAACACCCACCUUGGAAUCGAACAAAGCAGAAGAGAUGAUUUAGAAUCACUUGGUUUUGUUCUAAUGUACUUCUUGAGAGGAAGUCUCCCAUGGCAAGGACUUAAAGCCGGAAAUAAGAAACAAAAAUACGAGAAGAUCAGUGAGAAGAAGGUUCAGACGUCUAUUGAAGCUUUAUGCCGAGGCUACCCCACUGAGUUUGCAUCAUACUUCCACUACUGUCGAUCAUUAAGAUUUGAUGAUAAGCCAGAUUAUUCUUACCUAAAGAGAAUCUUCCGGGAUCUUUUUAUUCGUGAAGGGUUCCAGUUUGAUUAUGUCUUUGAUUGGACCAUAUUGAAAUAUCAGCAAUCACAGCUUGCCAAUCCCCCUUCUCGUGCUCUUGGUGCUAAUGCUGGACCAAGUACUGGAGUCCCUCCUGUGGUUUCUAGCCUGAACAGGCAAUCAGGUGGUGAAGAAACAAGACAAGCUGGUUUGUCCUCUGCACACCCCUCGUGGAGCCGAAAUCCUGGGACAACCAAUUCUGGGACCCUGUCUAAGCAGAAAAUUCCGACCGCCAGUGAUCUCUCUAUGAGUCGAGAAGUAUCAAGAUCUACCUUUUUGCGAGCAGCUGGAUCUUCAAGGCUAACUUCUGGUGAACCUGACUCAACCCGUGCACGCGCAACAGAUGCAAGCCCUGGUGCCCUUAGAGGUUCAAGCUCUGCCCAGAGGAGCUCACCUAUUAUAUCCUCAGACCAGAAGCGGCCCGUUUCGAGAAAUGCUUCCAGCAGCAACCUCAAAAACUUUGAAUCAACCCUCAAGGGUAUAGAGGGCAUGCAUUUGUAACACUGGAGUGAUUUUGCAACAUUGGCUCGGUUAUCACUCAUCUGUAAAUCUGUUUCUUGAAACCAAGUAUACGUCUAUAAAGCACCCUACAAGGAUGUGUGGGAUCUGCAUCACUGAAUUCUGGAACCAUUCUUGUGCAGCUGUUCCCCGCAACAACCAUGAUAUCGAGAGUUGACAAAAAGAAAUAUAUUCUGAUGUCUAUGGCUGUUGGCUUUCAAAUCUAUGAUGUGGAUAUUGUUUACUUCGCAAUACGAAUACCUACAACUAUUGUCUUGUUUCGAAUGCAUUAAAUAUUCAGAUCAACAAUGUUAGCCAAACCCCUAUUUAAAACUAUGUGGUAAACAAUAAUCUUCAUUUGUUGCGCUUGUUA